UAGAGGAUUGUACGCUGCAGCUCUCAACUGUCGGCAACUAUCUGGAUCUGGAUUCUUCUCUGGCGGAACAGAGAGAUGAGCUGGAGAGCUUCUAUGAAGACGUGGAAAAAGGGAAGAAACCUCUUCUGAUCCUCAGGACUCAGCUGUCGGUUCGGGUUCACUGCAUCCUGGAGAAGCUGUACAACAGCCAUGGGCCGGAGCUCAGACGCUCUCUAUUCUCUCUCAAACAGCUCUUCCAGGAUGAUAAAGACCUGGUUCCAGAGUUCGUGGCAUCUGAAGGUCUGACCUGUUUCAUCAAAGUAGGAGCAGAGGCCGACCACAACUACCAGAACUACAUCCUGAGAUCUUUGAGCCAAAUCAUGCUGUUUGUGGACGGGAUGGACGGCGUCGUCCACCACAACGAGACGGUCCAGUGGCUGUACACACUGACAGGGAGCCUGUCUCGCCUGCUGGUGAAGACGUCUCUGAAGCUGCUGAUCGUCUUUGGAUAUUCGGAGUCCAACAGUCCUCUGCUCAUUAACGCCAACACAGUGGACGAAGACAGAGGUGUGAAGCCGUGGAGUUACCUGGUGGACAUCCUGGAUGAGAAGAACGGUUCCGACACCGAGCUCCUCAUCUUCACCAUGACGCUCAUCAACAAGACUCUGGCUGCGCUCCCCGACCAGGACUCUUUCUACGAUGUGACGGACAGUCUGGAGCAGCUGGGCAUGGAGACAGUCAUCCACAAACACCUGAACAUCAAGGCAACAGAACCUGACCUGCGGACCCAGUUCGCCAUCUACGAGGCAGCUCUGAGGCAUGAAGACGGCGAGACGGGUGACACCUCCCCUCACCUCCACAAGGAGCGACGCAAAGCUGCUUCCAACGAGCAGGAGGGGCGGAGAGGUCGUCGGUCAUCCCAGAACCUUGCAAACCAACCGCUGUCGUCUGUUGGCUCCUCCCCCUCUGCCUCCCCCAGUCCCUCAUCCCUCUUCUCCCCUGUCCUGUCCACAGCCUCGGCCUCCAGCCCCACCUUGGGAUCAGGCAGCAGGCCUUCAUCCCCAUUAAUCUCCGACUCUAGCAGCUCUUCUUCCAGUCUAUCUGGGUCCCAGCGAGGAUCUCCUCUACCGUCAUCAGAACCCACCAACGGUACCGCCGUUACAGAGCAAGAAAUGAAGGCUCCGUCCAGCCCAAAUCGCUCUUUUCUCAGUCACCACAUGUCGGCUCUGGGUCUGAGCAGAAGGUCCAGACUGUUCUCCAAAACCAGCUCUAUCUCUGAGGAGCCUGCAGUCACGUGCAGAUCAUCAGCUGAACUUCCAGACCAGGAGAACUUGUCCACGUUGAACCCGGAGCAGACUGAGACCAAACCCAGUUUUAACUCAGAGGAGACUGAUCUGUUCCUCUGCUCACAGGACUGUAAUGUAUUUUUGGACAAGCCCGUCCUGAGGAAGUUUCAAGGCACUUUCCUGCGGAGUCUGGCCAUCACAGAGUGGGAGAAGAGAAGAAGAAGCGACCAGGAAGGCGUGUCCCGUCUGUCCACGUCUGACAUCACCAGUCCUCGUCCACAGCCUGUGCAGGAGGGCGGGGACAGACUGGCCGAGGGCAGACCAUCUCCUCGCGGUUCAACAUCCAGCAGCAUCAGCGCCAAUGGACAGUCAGACUCCCAGAAUGACAAAGGUGAGACACCAGCAGUGUCUGUCCAGAGGCAGUGCAGCACACUGUCCAAUGACAAGAAGUUCCUGUUGGACAUGCUGUAUUCUAAGAGCUCUGCCACAGUGCCUGUGAGCCCUAUGGCUGACACCACAGAAGAAGAAGAGAGUGCCAUGCCAGGUGAUGAUCUCAGCGGUCGUGUCUUUAAGCAUCUCUCCAGCUUCAAAGUUGGUGUCUCUGAGCCGCGUAGCCCCAGUGAGAGCAGCGAGUCUCGUAAGACGGAGCUGGAAGGUUUGGAAGGCUCUACCCAGACGGCGUUGGUCCGACUUGCUGAAGAACAGCAGAAACGCUGCAUCCGACAGCAGUACAGCGUGGACGCGGAGAGCCAUUCCCGCCACCUGGAGACCACCCAGAUGACCCCGUUAGGCCACGGAGGUCGCAACGAUGCCUGGAAGCAGCUGCAGCCAAGCACCACCACCCUACGCAUCAAAGACCUGGACUUCUCUGACCUGCUGGAUGAAGAGGACAUUGAUGUCCUUGACAUGGACACCUUAGACUCCUCCUCCUCCUCUUCCUCCUUCUCUGGUCUUCCUCCUCCUCCUCCACCUUUCCCUGGCCUUACUUCAGCACCACCUCCUCCUCCCCCCCCACCCCCAGGUUGUCCAGGUGGAGCAGCCCCUCCCCCUCCUCCUCCUCUUCCAGGUGCCCCUCCUCCCCCACCACCACCUCCUCCAGGUGCUCCUCCCCCACCGCCACCUCCUCCCCUGUUGUCCAUGGCGGCACCGUCCCCACAGAAGAAGAAGACUGUGAAGUUGUUCUGGAAGGAGCUGAAACAUGCUGACGGCCCGCAGAAAUGUCACUUUGGCCGCGGGACAGUGUGGGUGUCACUGGACAAAGUGGAGGUGGACACAGCUCAGCUCGAGCACCUGUUCGAGUCCAAAGCAAAGGAGCUUCCUUUUGCCAAGAAAGCACCAGAGAUGAAAAAGACUGAGAUUCUGGUUCUGGACCCAAAGAGAAGUAAUGCCAUCAACAUCGGUAUGACUGUGCUGCCUCCUGUCCACGUCAUCAAAACCUCCAUCCUUAACUUUGACGAGUUUGCCAUCGGCAAGGAAGGAAUCGAGAAAAUCCUCACCAUGAUUCCCACUGAGGAGGAGAAGCAGAUGAUCCAGGAGGCCCAGCUGGCCAGUCCAGAUGUUCCACUGGGAACAGCAGAGCAGUUCCUCCUCAGCCUGGCCUCCAUCAGUGUCCUGACUGCCCGCCUGCAGCUUUGGGCCUUCAAACUCAACUAUGAGACUCUGGAGAAGGAGAUUGCAGAACCACUGUUUGACUUAAAACUGGGCAUGGAGCAGCUGGCAUCCAAUCACACCUUCCGGAGAAUCCUGGCGACGCUACUCGCCAUCGGAAACUUUCUCAACAGCUCCAACGCCAAAGGGUUCGAGCUGAGUUACCUGGAGAAGGUGGGUGAGGUGAAGGACACCGUUCAUCGUCACUCGCUGCUUCAUCACACCUGCAACCUGGUGCUGGAAAAUUACCCAGAAUCCGCUGAUGUCUACUCUGAGAUCCCAGCCAUUACCCGCUCCUCCAAAGUGGACUUUGAACUGCUUUCAGACAACCUGGUACAGCUGGAGAGACGCUGCAAAGCAUCAUGGGACAACCUGAAGCUGGUGGCCAAACAUGAAACCAAAGUACAGCUGAGGAACAAAAUGACAGAAUUUUUGAAAGACUGUACGCAGAGGAUUAUUAUCCUGAAGGUCGUCCACCGCCGUGUCAUCAACAGGUUCCAUUCCUUCCUGCUCUUCCUGGGUCAUCCAUCGUCUUCUGUCCGCGACGUCAAAGUCACCGCGUUCUGUCGCAUCAUCAGCGAGUUUUCCCUGGAGUAUCGCACCAUCAGAGAGCGAGUUCUCACCCUGAAACGAAAACGAGCUGCACACCGGGAGCGAACUAAGACUCGUGGGAAGAUGAUCACUGAGACGGAGAAGUUUUCUGCGGCAGUGAGUCAUGAUAGCGCCAUCCCUGUGUCCAUGGCAGCAGAGGCGGAGUCUGGACAGGAGGAGGAGCACGAGAGCAUGAAGACCAUGCUGACCAGCAGCUCCAGUUUGGCCGUUGAAAACAGGGGACUGAGGCGCUCCAGAGCCAUCCGCAGUCUCGGCAGGGUGAGUCCGUCAAAGGCGUUGACAGCCAAAGAAGAUGAGAUCAACAAUCAAGAUGACGCCACAGAAGAGAUCAUGGACCGGCUGGUGAUGUCCGUUACCCACAAUCCCUCAGACAGAGCGUCCAGCCCAAAGACGCGUAAAAGGUCCCGCGUGAACAGGAAGUCCUUGCGGCGGACUCUGAGGAGCGGACUCACUGUGGAAGUGGUUCAGGCUCUGGGACUCGACAAGACUGCAGACAGAGUUUGAACACAAACCGAUCACUUGAUUGAUCAGUGAAUAUGGUUGAUCUGAUGAGGCAAAAUAUGGCAACUAACGGGACUGUGGAAUUUCCCAGAAGUCAGUUCUCCUACAGGAGGAGGAGCCUCAAGCUGCUGUAACAUUGAAACAGAACCCGUCUCAACAAAAAACAAACAUUUCAGAUGUUUUCGUUGUAAAAGACGUUUGCAUGAGUAAAUGUGUAUUUUUAUUUAUUCUUUAACUGCAGUCAUACUGUAAGUCUUCACAGCUCUUCUUCCCUCUGAACGCUGCGACUCGUUACGUUUUUAUGCUUUAUUUUGGUAGUGUGUGUGUGUGUGUGUGUGUGUAAUAUUCCAGGUGUUUUGGAGAAAUGAUCCUUACAAUAAAAAAAAAAUUGAAAAGUUCUGCAAUAUUUAAUCCAAACAUCCUUUUAAACCUGAAAGGAUGUUGUUAGCCAUGUUAGCAUCUGCCAGUCUGCCUCUUUAGUUAUCGUGCUAACAUCCGAAACACAAACCUGUUAGCACACCUGACUGUCAGCAACCGAAGACAAUAAUCUAGUUUUGAGCAUUUUUAGUGUUUAACUACUGGAGUAUUACUGAGUAAUGUUAGCAUUACUUUUUCACACAAUUAUCUGUAGCAUGCUAACAUUGUCCUCAGUUAGCGCUACACACUGUUAAUAUGUUUGCUCACAUCGUUAAAUUUGGGGGGGGGUGAUUUGUUUAACAACUGAAGCAGAAAUACUACAUUAGCAGUACUGUGCUAAUGUUUGCCCGUUAGCUUAAUAGUGUAUGUACCAGGUUAUUGUGUUUGUAUUGGUCUGUGUGCAUUCCUGCUAAACUCAGCAUGCUAACAGUAGGUAUAUCAAAAUUGAUCAAAAAAUGAUUACCGCCUCAGUCGUAUGUUCAGGUGUUGUUAGCAUGUCGGCAUUAUGUCACGUGCUAAUGUUCAUUGUCACGCUAACGUCAAUGUUUUUUUUUUUUUAAAUGGCCGUAAGAAGCCGUUUUAAGCAGCUAGGCGUCGUUUAGCGUCACGGUGCCACGGUCGUGGAGAUUUUAACUUAAUGUUUUUUGUUGUUGUUUUUGGUUUUUUGGGGGUUUUUUUUGCUCACAGUUGAACAAAAACAGAAAAUAUUGUAUGUUGCUUCAGUUUUACUCGAACACACAAAUGUGUCAUAUAAUAGCUAAAAGAGCUGACAAAGCAAACGUUACCGUGGGAGGAGUUUGAGUGACCUUUUCUUUUAUGUUCAUCUGAGCAUCGUAAAUGGCGCCAUCAUCAGGCUGUUUGAUGAAUCUGUGUUCUUAUUCUGAAUUUAGCUCCUGGAGGAAAUCUGUUACAAACCAAAAUGCUGGAACAGAAAAAAGCGAGUUUGUUUAAAGGUGGAAAUUGUUAUAAAUGUAAAAUUCAUUUGAUUAAAAAUGGCACCACUUGCACACGUGCACACUCAGACACGUGCACACUUACCCUGGGUGAAUUGUACUUGUUAACUAAUUUAGAACUUUGUGUUUUUCCCGCAUUGAGGUCUUAAUGCUUUCUGCCAACAUAAUUCACGUUUUGGGUUUUUUUUGUUGUUUGUUUUUUUGUUGUUUGUUUUUUGUGAAUCACAAAGUUGCUGUCACACUCGCGGAGGAGACGUGUCUGAAGGACAAAGACGGUUUUAAUUUCAAGGACAAAGACUUUCUGCAGAAAUCUUCAAACCCAAAGCUGAAUGUGUUCAAAGUGCAAUUAAUUAAUAAAGAUUUUUUUUUAAA